AAACGACUAUCAACAAUGAAUUAUCGAUGAUCAUUGUUCAAUAAUAGAUACGGCCUAAAUUUCUACAGUUCAAAAUCACAAAAAACAGCAAAGAUUCAAAUUUAAAUGGAAAACCUUCCUCCGGAGAAACAUGAUACAGGAAAUCUUUUUUGUAAAAUUUGCAAAAUAAUCUUCGAAAAUCCUUCUCAGCUACGAAUUCAUCUGAAAAGUCACUCGAGAGAACUUCGUCCCGGAGAGGAAAUUCCGUCUUCCUCUAAGGAAAGUAAGGUCGCUAAAAAAUAUGAGUUCAGUGAACAGACCGAUAUUUCUUCAGAUACUAGUCAAUACGAACGACACAGCCCUGGCUCUGAAAAACAAGUAAUCAAAGAGGAUUAUACUGACAUAUACGAGGAAUGGAUUGCACAAAAUCCAAUCACAUCUAAAAUUCCCGUUCUAGAUAUUACAGAAGAAGACUUUUCUAGUAAAAUCACCCCAAUACAAUACGAAGAAUGUAGCCAUGGAUCUGAAAGAGAAACAACAAAAAGAGAUGAUACUUCUGACAUAUACGAGGAAUGGAUUGCAGAAAAUCCAAUUUCAUCUAAAAUUCCCGUUCUAGAUAUUACAGAAGAAGACUUUUCUAGUAAAAUCACUCCAAUACCAGGAGGAUACACUCAUGAAUCCGAAAAAGAAACAAGAGGAGAUGAUCCUUCUGAUAUAUACGAAAAAUGGAUUUUGGAACAUUCUAUUAUAGCAGAAUUUCCCGUUUUAGAUCUCAUAGAAGAAGACUUUUUUACAGAGAACAGACAAAUACAAGACAUAGGAAGUAUCCAUACUUCUGGAACAAAAGAAGACGAUGAUUCUCGUUCACAACAGAAAGAUAUCCCACAACCAACUACCUCAGAACGUCCAAUCCUAGAUUUCGAAGAAGACCCUGAAAAUUUAAGAGAAUUGCCUUUAGAAGAGAUUUUAAAGCAUUUCGAUUGAAUACAUAAGAAACUGCAAUAAAUCAGUUUCAUUAAAAAUUUAUUAUAUCGAAAAUUACAAUAAAUUCACAAAAUUGCUGCUUUUAAUAAAAACUAAAAAAAAGAAAUAAUAAUAAAUUACGAUUAUCAUUAAUUUCACCCUUAAAAUUCUAUUAUUUUUGAAUUUUAAUUUAAAAAAAUUGAAUCGAAAACAUUUAACGAUGAUUUAACUUUACAGUGAGUGGAAGAAUUGUACUACGUUUAAAAGAAAUUACUACAGAAGAAUAAUAUUCAAUGUAUCAUUCAAAUAAGGUAUUUAUUGUCGUAUAAAGCAAAGAAAAGCAUAAUAAUACUGUAUUUACAUUUUCAAUAUGUUCAAGUGGGUAAUCAACUAAUCACAGUAAUAGAAUGAUCCAAACAAUUCCUCUGCUCUGACCAAUGGAACAGAAACGACAGUGUACAUAAUUCUACAAGAAUUUCACAUCAACUAGCUGAUGUGUCCAACUAAAUAUUUUAACAAUUAGGGCCAGUGCUUGGGGUGAGGCAUUGAGACAAUGGAACCAGGUGACGCAAGUGGAGCGGCAUUUUCGGAUGGCAUAUUAAAAAAUAUAUACGUACAGUAUUGUAACGUAAAAAUCUUUGAUAAUUUUUCAAUGAAAAUAUUCCAAUU